UCAGAAUUCACGCAACGCAUCCCGUGUAUGCCGUAGUGAAAACCGAUAGGCAUCUCUGUUCACACCACCCUCCACUCAAAUAAUUGGCCGAACGUAUCAACAAGCUGCAUAACCCGUUGUGAAGUUGCAAUCAGUAAUCAAACCAUUGCUGUUUUUAUUCAAACCAGGGUAACACCCAUUGGUAGACGAAUGGUGAGACAUUUCAUUCAUUUGCAAAAACUUUAAUGUUACGACUUCGAUAUAGACUGGCAUCUACGGUCUGCAUAUCAAACUUUCUUUCCACAUCCUAUUCCAUCGUUCACUGUAGAAUUUCAGUGUGGCUGAGAAGAUACUUUUGUUUUCGACUUGCUCUGUUGCACCAAGAUGCCAUUUCUGGCAAAGGAACAUGUGCCAAUCCCUAAAAAAGACCUCAUAUCAUGGAUCUUUGAUGAUAUUGGCUAUGAUUCGGAUAUGCCAGUCUAUAUAGAUGCCGCAGAUCCGUCAAAAUCGAUCAGCGCACGACAGGCAAGGUCGAUGAUUCGGCGUCUUGUAGCUGGCUUCCACAGUGCAGGAUUGCAAAAGGGAGACGCGGUGUGCGUGCACUCCUUCAACAACUUAUACUAUCCCAUAACUGUUCUCGGUAUCAUAGGGGCAGGAUGCGUUUACACGGGUACAAACCCGGCGUAUACGCCGCGCGAACUCACUCAUCAUAUUUCAGUCACGAAAGCAAAGCUCUUCUUAGUAGAACCUGAGCUCUUAUCACCAGUGUUGGAAGCAAUGAAACGUUCUAGCAUCGACAGCUCGAAGGUUUUCCUUUUCGACCCCUACAGCCAGCAAAAUAGUGAGCUGCCUAGUUGGCAAAGCCUACUUGACCAUGGUGAGCAAGACUGGGUUCGCUUCGAGGACGAAAACGAAUCUAAGAACACCACCGCAAUGCGGCUUACCACCUCGGGGACCACGGGACUGCCUAAAGCGGCCGAACUGUCGCACCACAAUCUCGUCUCCCAGCAUACGCUGGUGUGGGAAAGCCAGAUCCCAAAGAAACCUUACGAUCUUCGCACCAUCAUAGCUUUGCCCAUGUUUCACGCUGCAAUGGCCCCAAUGGUGCACACUUCUGCACUUAGAUCCGGAUUUGUAAUGCACCUGAUGAGAAAAUUUGACGUGGACGAAUUCAUGGCUGCGAUACACAAGUACAGGCCAACGGAGAUAAUGGUCGUGCCGCCCGUGGUCCUCAGGAUCGUCAUGAGCCCUAACGUCAAGAACUAUGAUUUCAGCUGUCUGAAACGUGCCACUGUUGGAGCAGCGCCGCUGGAUCCUGAUCUGCAACAGCGGUUUGAGAACCUCAUCGAUGGGGCAGUCACGCAAGUUUGGGGAAUGACUGAGUCUUCCUGCGUAAUCUCAAUGACACCAUAUCCGGAAUCAGGUUUGGCUACGGUGGGCUAUCUGCUCCCCAAUCACGAUAUUAAAUUUGUCAAUGAUAAUGGCGAGGAGAUCCUGGAGUCUAACGUGCCAGGCGAAAUGUGCGUUCGUGGACCUAACAUCAUCCGCGGCUAUUUCAAUGAUCCAGUGGCAAAUUCCAGAGAUUUUGACGCGGAUGGCUUCUACCACAGUGGAGAUGUAGGAUAUAUAGAGAAAAGUACUGGGAAGUUGUACAUUGUGGACCGUAAAAAAGAGCUAAUCAAGGUUCGCGGCUUCCAAGUUGCACCGAAUGAGAUCGAGGGAAUUCUUCUGUCUCAUCCAUCAAUCAUCGACGCCGCAGUUAUUGGACUGUCGCUGCCUAGCAGUCCUGAUGCUGAACUUGUCCAAGCACGCGUCGUGCUGCGAGAAGGCGAUGAACUAUCUGAAAGGGAGGUGUUGGACUAUGUACAGCCUCAGCUAGCAAGCUACAAACACUUGACAGGCGGUGUCAAAUUUGUGCCCACCAUCCCAAAGACUGCUAGCGGAAAGAUAUUGAAGCGGUUGUUGAGAGAAGAGGCGCUCAGAGAGAUCAAAGCCGAGACUGCAAAACUGUAGAUUGUCAAAGGUCUCAUCAGAACUUCACAUAUACACACUAAUUGUACAAGAGUAACCGCUGUUAACAGAAAUGAAAGUCUUUAC